GAUCAUACUUCAACAAAGCAUAAGAAAGUGAGAGCAGCAGGAGUGAGAGAAGGAAGAAAGAAAGAAAAGAGAGAAUGGAGACUUUCCCAGUUAUUGACUUGGAGAAGCUAAAUGGUGAAGGGAGAGGAGAAGUUAUGGAACUGAUAAAAGAUGCUUGUGAGAACUGGGGCUUUUUUGAGUUGGUCAAUCAUGGCAUUUCUCAUGAUUUCAUGGACUCUGUGGAGAAGCUGACAAAGGAGCAUUACAGGAAGUGUAUGGAACAGAGGUUCAAGGAAAUGGUGGAGAGUAAGGGCCUAGAAGCUGUUCAGUCUGAAAUCAAUGAUUUGGACUGGGAAAGCACCUUUUUCUUGCGCCACCUUCCUGUCUCAAACAUAUCUGAAAUCCCUGAUCUUGAUGAAGAUUAUAGGAAGGCAAUGAAGGAAUUUGCGUUUCAAUUAGAGAAACUAGCUGAGCAACUCUUGGACUUGCUGUGUGAGAAUCUUGGGUUGGAGAAAGGAUACCUGAAAAAGGCCUUUUAUGGGUCCAAGGGCCCAACUUUUGGCACCAAGGUUAGCAACUACCCUCCUUGCCCCAAGCCAGACCUGAUCAAGGGCCUCCGGGCCCACACUGAUGCAGGCGGCAUCAUCCUUCUCUUCCAAGAUGACAAGGUCAGUGGCCUCCAACUCCUCAAGGAUGGCAAAUGGAUUGAUGUUCCCCCAAUGCGCCACUCCAUUGUGAUCAACAUUGGUGACCAACUUGAGGUCAUUACCAAUGGCAAAUACAAGAGUGUGAUGCACCGUGUGGUUGUUCAACCGGACGGUAACAGAAUGUCCAUUGCAUCAUUCUACAACCCAGGCAGUGAUGCUGUGAUCUAUCCAGCACCGCUUUUGAUUGAGAAAGAAGCUGAAAAAGGCCAAGUAUACCCAAAGUUCGUGUUCGAAGACUACAUGAAUCUCUAUGCUGGCCUGAAGUUCCAGGCCAAGGAACCAAGAUUUGAAGCCAUGAAGGCCAUGGAAUCCACCAUUAAUUUGGGUCCUAUUCCCACCGUCUGAGUCCUCUCAUGACAGAAAGAAGUAACUGGUUUUAAGUGUGUGUUUAUGUUAAUAAGCAACAAGUCUCAGUGAUGAGUCUUGCUGGAUAAGUUUGUUGUUUAGGUAUGCUUUGACUAGCAUGGAACUUAUAGUUAAGGUCUUGGACUUACAGGUCCUAUUUCGUCACGUAUGUGCUGGUACUGUUGGUUAGGUGAACUACUUAGAAAAUGACUAUAACUUAGCACUUUUGAUGUGUCUUAAGAUUCA